AUGGCGUCUCGACGACAGUCAACAGAACCCAUGGAGCUCUCCGACGAUGCGACUGCCUCUACUGCAGACAACAGUCGGUCGGUCUCGCCCAGCCUUGGCAAGCGAAAGUUCGAAGACCCGGGCGACGUCUUUGCCGACGACCCCGACGAUUUCUACGAAAAGUUUAUGCAGAGCAAGAAACGCAAACGAGCCAAAGGCAGGGUCUCCAAGGCCAAGAAGGGUGCCGGCGCGAUAUCUUCAAAAGGCAAAGGCAAGAAGGAGAGUCCUGACACACUCCAAGGCGACGACGACGACGGCGUCGAAUUUCUGGACGGAGACGGGCUUGUCCGCGAACUCGUGCCCGAGCACGUUCGUGAACGACGAAGGCUAUUCGACGAGAACAGAAAAGAACUGUCCGAGGCCGGGCUGAAGUUGCCACCUACCUAUAUGGACAUAGACUUCUCCGAUGACGAUAGGGACCCGGAGGAAUUGGAGCGGCGACCCAAGUUCGACGAUAUCGAGCCAUGUAGGCCGUACGAAACAAUCAACUUGGACAUUUCCGGCGGCGAGAUCCCGGCGUCUAUUGCACAGUACCUUCGAGAUUACCAGGUCGAAGGUGUCCAGUUCCUACACUACCACUUCGUGUACCAGACUGGAUGCGUCCUAGGAGACGAUAUGGGCCUGGGGAAGACUGUGCAGGUUGCUGCGUUCCUCAUUGCUGCGUUUGGCAAGACCGGAGACGAGAGGGAUGCAAAGAGGCUUCGAAAGAUGACUCGCAAUGGCUGUGGGAAGUGGUAUCCUCGCAUCCUCGUCAUCUGUCCCGGGUCGCUCAUCGAAAACUGGAAGAAUGAGCUUAACCGCUGGGGCUGGUGGAAGAUCGCGUUGUAUCACGGCCCUGGAAAGGAGGAUGCAUUGAAGUCGGCCGAAAACAGUUCCCUCGAGGUCAUGAUCACGACCUACGAGACGUACAGGCACGACGAGCAGAAGGUCAACCUGAUCGAGUGGGACGCCGUUAUUGCUGACGAGUGCCACAAGAUCAAGGACCCCCGCACGCAGAUCACAAUAGCAAUGAACAACGUCAACGCUCUCUGUCGCAUUGGUUUGACCGGGACAGCAAUACAGAACAAGUACGAUGAACUCUGGACCCUUCUCAACUGGACCAACCCUGCUCAAUUUGGCUCCAAAUUCGAAUGGGAUCAGACAAUCACAAGGCCGCUCACAGUGGGCCAGUCUCAUGAUGCCACCUUCCAACAACUGAGCCGAGCGAGAAGAGUUGCCAACCAGCUGGUACAGAGGCUCCUGCCGGAGUUCUUCCUCCGUAGGAUGAAGUCAUUGAUUGCUCAUCAGCUGCCAAAGAAAUCUGACAGAGUUGUCUUUUGCCCAUUGACAGACUACCAGAGCCUGGGAUAUAAGAAUUAUCUGGAAAGUGAGGAGGUUCAGAUUGUUCGAGGAAGUGCUGACCUCUGCGACUGCGGCGCAGUCGGUGCCAACGGCAAGCCGAAGAAGCGAGGGUGGUGCUGCGGCAAGACAUUACCAGAUGGAAAGCGCUGGGAGGAGCUCGUCUUUCCCGCAAUCAUGACUAUGCAGAAAAUCUCCAACCACUUAACCCUUCUCUUACCGAAAGAUGAGGAGCCCAAGGAUAAGAAGGAAGCUGCUUUGAAGAGGCUCUCAGAGUGCGUCCCGGACUGGAAGACCCUCUACAAGAACCGAAACUCGCUCCAGCUACUUGCCGAUUCCAAGUACUGCGGCAAAUGGAGGAUUCUGAAGAAGCUCCUCAGCUUCUGGUAUGAGAACUCUGACAAGGUUCUCAUAUUCUCCCACAGUGUCCGUCUCCUCAGGAUUCUUCAUCAUUUGUUCACGAGCACAACGACAUACACCAUGAGUUUUCUCGAUGGAAGUCUCUCCUAUAUCGACCGGCAGAAGGAAGUAGACAACUUCAACUCGGAUCCGGACCGCUUCAUUUUUCUCAUCUCGACCAAAGCGGGCGGCGUGGGUCUAAACAUCACGUCGGCGAACAAGGUGGUCGUCUUUGAUCCUCACUGGAAUCCAUCAUAUGAUCUCCAGGCUCAGGACCGAGCCUACCGCAUCGGUCAGAUUCGCGACGUCGAGGUUUUCCGCCUCGUCUCUGCUGGAACGAUAGAGGAGAUCGUAUAUGCCAGGCAGAUCUACAAGCAGCAACAGGCCAACAUAGGCUAUAACGCCUCAAGCGAGCGCCGCUACUUCAAGGGCGUUCAGGAGGACUCAUCUAGAAAGGGCGAGCUCUUUGGGCUGCAGAACCUGUUCACGUUUCAAGCUGACAGGGUCGUACUGAAGGACAUCGUCAACGCAACCAACAUCGCUGAGGCGAGAGCCGGUGUGCACCUGUUCGAUGUCGAUAUGGCCAAGGUUGAGGAAGACAACGAGUUCAGUCAAAUCAAGAAAGAGACCACAGGCGAUGACGACGAGGACAACGGUACCAGCCAGCUAGCCGCCCUGGUCAAGUCAGAAAACUCAGACGAUUCCGCCAAGCGGGCUAACGAGCCCAAAAAGGAUAUCAUCCAGGCAAUCCUCGCCUCGGCAGGCGUCGAGUACACUCACGAGAACUCUGAGGUCAUCGGGUCCAGCAAAGUCGAGGCGCAACUAUCAAAACGCGCUGAACUCGCGGAGGAAAUGGACCUUGAUGACCCCGAAAAUCGGAGCCUCUUGUUUGCAGACAAGCUAGUGAAUGAGGCUUUUGAAGAUGGUCCCGGCUUCACGUAUGCGUUUAAUCCUCCCGAGGAUGUCAUGCGCAGACAGUUCUGCACGAUGGCACAGGAUUUUGGCUACCGCAGCGCCACGGAAUUCGCCGUUGUUGUGCAGGGCUGGACCCAGUCGCAGAGGCGAGACUGCCUGGACACUUUCUACCGGAAGCGACUGGAGAAAGUGCUUGGAGAAUUCAAACAGGAGCCCGUUGACGAGACAAAAGUCAAGGCAGAGUCGGGAACUCCAGAGGACAGCGAGAUGGAUUCGAGGACUACAGUUCGCGGUGUUGGCAUGAAACGAGAGCGAGCGGACAAGUUGAAGAUCGAGGAGGGUGACUCGACUGUCCUUGGUGGCUCGAGGACAAAGGUCAAGACGGAGGCAAAGCAGGAAGUGCAUCAAGAAAGAAGAUGA